GCCGAAGGAAAGAUUAUGAACGAAGGAACACUACGGAGAAAGUCUUGGGGGUCUCGAGCUUUGGUAUAAUACUACAAUAGCAAGCAAUAAUCCUUCGAUAAUCCAAUUGUCCGAUUGUGGCACAUCCUAACAUCCACCCCUCAACGUCCCUCGAACCUCGAUCAGACUAUCUUAAUAUCACGCAGGCCCUCGCUUUUCACACAUAGGGAAGCGUCUGAUUCGACAGGUGUGUUGACUACAACCUUCACCUCCUCUCCGUAUGAGGUGACCAAGCUCUUAUGAAUACGAGCUGCAAGACCAAUUCUCGAACUGAACUUUCGUACCCCCUAUCAAGUAUAUCUGCGUAUAUGAUUACAACUAGAACUCGAACAACAUCACUUAUCAGAUGUGUGCUACAUUAAGCAGGGGAUUCUUUGUUUCUCGAGAGACACUUUGUAUGCCCGCCUGAGGGCCUCGAGGGCGUACUUCGUACUAGGUUUAAUUCCCCUGCUCCACAGGACCACAUUUUGAUCGCGGGGAUAUUUCUCAAAAGUCGUUUUACUCGGAUGGCUUCCUUCAUUCCUAAUCCCUAAUCCUAAUUGCCCCCUCCCAAAUUUUACCCAUACAAUAUUGCGAUCCAUCCGAAAUUCCUAACGGUCAAGAUUUCCACUUCUUAAGAUGCCUCUAUAGCGACCAUUGUUCUUCGCCACAACUUCUUCUCAUGGCUCCGAAUAAAAAGUUCUUUGACUAAAACAACGUCAGGUGUCUUUGGAGUUUUGAUUGUUCAUUUGUGGAUAGUGCACCUAGAUCAGUACAACUUUAAUUCUGGUGACGAUCUCUCAACGAUAACCCACCCCAACGAUGAUAAGCCUUACAAGAGUUUGGCGCUACAACGACAAAACCGACCUUCUUAUCUAAUAUUAUCACUUUGUCGAUGGACACAGUAGAUUUAUUCAGACAAGCCUUAGGCUCUGUCAAUAGAGCUCGCGAUGCGAAGUCCCUUCACGCAAGAGAGAGCUCGCAUGAAAGCGAGGAUAGUUCACCGAGAAUCGCACAUACCUUGACUGCCUGCUGCAGAUGCCGCCAGAGGAAAACAAGGUGUGAUCCCAAUUUACCACGAUGCUUGCCUUGCGAGCGUGCGGGGGCAGUAUGCGAGUACUUCGAUACAACGAAAGGCAAGAAAAUCUCGAGGACAUACGUGAUAAAGUUGCAAGAAAAAGUUCGGGCACUUGAGAUGGAACUUAGUCAAUUGGUUGAAGAAGAGGGGAAUCCCCCAGACUCGGAAGAUAUUGUACGCCCGGGAGGCUUGAUCCGACUUAACGACGAUGAUGAGACGCCACGAUACUUGGGGCCUUCAAGUGGCAUUGCGAUGACUCGGAUAGUGAUGGAGGAGGCAAAGAAAUACACAGACACCAGGAGUAUCCGCGAGCUCGUGCCUGAAGUGCGGCAACGUCGAACUCCUGCACAGUCGCCAGAUAUAGCCUCGGAACGAAAGAAGUCUUAUCCUAUGAUAUCUGCUGUACCGGCGCCAACUUUACCAAGUCGCCUAGUGACCGACAAAUUGGUGGAAGUGUUUAGUCAGAAAGCCCAGUAUAUGCUCCCUACUUUACACGAGCCUACGUUCGCCAAGAAUCUUCAAGAAGUUUAUGAUGGAGAUAACGAUCCAUAUAAGAAUUUUGUCCUUCGUAUGGUUCUAGCUAUAAGCAUGCAAAAGCUGGACAUGCAGUAUGCAGGCCUUGCUGAUAGCUAUUAUUUGGCUGCUAUGGGAUACAUUGAAGAUGUUAUAAGAGCAAAAGACAUCAAGACGCUACAGUGCCUUGUUCUGAUCGCUCAAUAUUCUAUGCUUACUCCCACUCGCACUGCUAUAUACUAUAUUGUUGGACUUGCUACGAGACUGUGUCAACAAUUAGGUCUAGCAGAAGAAAAGACCAUUACUCAAGGGGUAUCUAUUGGUCUAGUUGAUCCUUUACAGCUCGAUAUGCGGCGAAGGCUCGCUUGGAUUGUUUUAUCUAUGGAGCUUGGUUUAGCGCAGUCAAUGGGCAGGCCGAAUGCUUUCGCUAUUGGGAGAGACCAUUUGGACAUACAAUUUUUCCAAACUGUAGAUGAUGAGUACAUAACUGCUGAUGGUAUCCUUCCUGGUCCCAUGUCAGAUAAAAAGCGGUUAGCCAUCCACUUCUUUCGAAUGAGACUGUUGCAAGCAGAGAUCCGGAGAACGCUUUAUUUGCGAAAAAGAAACGAGCCGAAGAAUGAAGAGCAUCCUUGGUAUGCCCAGAUGCAUCAGAAACUGGGAGAUUGGCUCGAGGCGUCUCCUGAAAAGCCAGCAUGGAGUAAAACCUGGUUUACCGGGAGGUACAAUACAAUGAUAAUUUUCUUGUUUCGUCCUUCACCUCAAGUUCCCCAGCCGUCCUACCGUUCCGCGAUAAUGUGUUAUGAUGCAGCUUCAAGUAAUAUCAGGACGCAAAGCGAUCAAAUAAAAACCGCCAUGAUAGACUUGACAUGGCCAUUUCUCCUAUCGCUAUUCAUGGCCAUAAACACAGUAUUAUGGUCUAUUUCGUAUUCUGAAGUUCGCGCUCUUCACACAAAGGAAGAGCUUGAAGAGCAUAUUUCUUUAGCUUUAGACAUCGUUGCACGUUCUCGCGAACGGUGGCCAGGAACUCAAGCAACAUCAGAACUUUACAUGACUCUCACCAAGGCAUGUCUCAAAAGUUAUGAACUUGGCGAUAAUUCGCUUUCAUCUUUUUCUGCCACUUCCCCAUCGCUGACCGACGCAAACUCGCCGUCUGCAUCCGAACACUCCAGCGCAACAUCAACCUCACUUCCUCACUCGCAACACAAUGCACAGCAUAACAAUGCGUAUCAAUCCCCCCCACAAUUUGGAUAUGUCUUCAACCAAAUGCCAGAGCAAAUACCUCCAUAUGACUACGGCCAUCCCUUACCUCCACUGCAACCGUCCUUUCGGUCCAACUCAAUCUUUGUAAGUCCCUCUAGUGGGCAAUCCGAUCGACGAUUUAGCUACUUUCCACCAGAAUUUACACAACCACAGCAACCGCAAUCUUAUCCUAUGCCUUGGGGUCCUGUCUCUCACACACAGCAGCAUCAAAUGCCACCUCAAGCGCCACUGCCACCAAUGCAGCAAUCUUUAGUAACUAAUAUGCCUUAUUUUUCGCAACCUGAAUACUACAACUUUCCACCUCAUUUGUUCUCACAGGACAACUUCGAAGCAGGACUGAGAUCAGGUAGUUUGAGUCAAGAACAACAAACAGAAUUGAUGCACAGCUUGGAGACUGAAGGGUUAACGGAAAUCAACAACUUUAUGAAUCACGUCCCACAGUAUGAGCACCCCAUCAAAUAUGAACAGUAAUCUAAUUGAUGAAUAACCUUUGUGGUUAGGUUUCGAUCAUAAGUAGUAGUGUAGAAAACAAUGUCUGUAUCAUAGCCACGCUCCCCCGCGGGGCUUGAAUGUUUUGUUGCAAUUUUCCAUUUUAUUUGAUAUCCACAUCGAGAUGAGCAAACGAGCUACGAAAUCAUUACUCGGUGUUAGGUGUUGAGUGUUGGGUUUUACAGAAGGGAUCGACUUCACAGUACAGUGUCAUGGGUUCUUUACAUAUAUAUCUAUCAUUCAAAUCUUAAAGUCACAAACUGUACUACGUAGUUACUCAU